CAAUUUGCAGGCAGAUAGAUGGACUAGACGACUCAUCACUUUAAAGUUUAAAGCAUAGAGGAGUAAAGAACCAACAUUUAUGCUCAUCCACUCGUCCUUCUCUCUCUCUCUCAUUACUCACGCAUCAGUUUCUCUUUCUCCUCGAUCUCCGUGCUCCGCCUGCCUUCGUCCGUUUGUCUGUUUCAAUCUAAUUUGUGCCUUCACAAUUUGCCAGAUAAUUGUAGGAAAAAGCUGCAAUCUUUGUGUUUCUUGACGUUCCAGAUCUGUUCAUUAGUGUGUGGAAGGAUUAAUCUGAUCUGGGUGAAAUUCCCAAUUGUGCAAACCCUGAAGGUCUAUUAGUGUAUCCUCUUCCAUUGAAGUGUCAGAAACGUUAAUUACUGGAUUCGAGACACUGCAGAUAUCUUAAAACUCACAGGAAAAGAACCCUAAAGCAAAUGACUUCUUGACCUUCUUUUGGUUAACAAGUUGUCCCACGACAGAUUCUCAAUGCAUUGAACAUGACUAUCUUGGGUACCCAAUAAGUAUUCUUGUUGGGGAAACAGAAUGGAUUGAAGUUCUAGUUUUCACUUUGUGAAUGAAGGGGAAAGAAAUAACACACUUUACCCCUUUGAACUUAACUUCUAUCUGCAGCAUUCACCAUAAAGCUCUGUAUGUGAAAGGAAAAGGUGUUAUCUCUUGCUGCUUUUUCUCGGGUCCCAGAUACAUUUCCCUGAUCUGAGAUUCGUUAUAAAAGCAUGCAGUUAGAUAAUGAAAACCUAGCACGUGAUAAUUCUAGACUGAUAUACAUCGAUAAUCCUCAAAGAACCAAUGAAGAGUAUGAAUUCACAGGAAACAAGAUCACCACUAGCAAAUACACACUUAUAAACUUCUUACCCAAGAAUCUCUUCAUUCAAUUUCAUCGAGUGGCUUACAUAUACUUUUUAGCCAUUGCAGCUCUCAAUCAGCUUCCUCCUCUUGCAGUCUUUGGAAGAACAGUCUCUCUCUUCCCUCUACUUUUUGUUCUCACAGUCACUGCUAUAAAAGACGGAUACGAGGAUUGGAGAAGACACAGAUCUGAUCGAAAUGAGAACAACAAAGAAUCCCUUGUUCUUGAAUCCGGAAACUUCCAAUCCAAAAGAUGGAAAGACAUCAAAGUAGGUGAGGUGGUGAAAAUUAAAGCUGAUGAGACAAUCCCUUGUGACAUGGUGCUGAUGUGGACAAGUGAUCCUAGUGGCAUUGCUUACAUACAAACCAUGAAUUUAGAUGGAGAGUCAAAUUUAAAGACACGUUAUGCUAGACAAGAAACAUCCUUAAUGCCAUUAGGAUCAAUAUCAGGGGUAAUUAGAUGUGAACAACCUAAUAGAAACAUAUAUGAGUUCACAGCUAAUAUGGAGUUAAAUGGUCAUAAAAUUUCCCUAAGUCAAUCAAACAUUAUCCUACGUGGAUGUCAGGUGAAAAACACAGAGUGGGUUAUAGGUGUUGUUGUGUAUGCUGGACAAGAGACAAAAGCUAUGCUAAAUAGUGCAGUUUCCCCUUCAAAAAGAAGCAGACUUGAACAAGCAAUGAACUCAGAAACUAUUUGGUUAUCUGUUUUUCUAUUCAUAUUGUGUCUUGUUGUUGCUAUUGGGAUGUGUUUAUGGCUGAUGAGUCAUCAGGAUGCAAUUGAUACGAUUCCUUAUUACAGAAAGAGCUAUCUUAUAAAGGGGAAAUUUCCAGGAAAACCGUAUAAGUAUUAUGGGAUUCCUAUGGAGACGUUUUUUGCGUUUUUGAGUUCUGUUAUUGUGUUUCAGAUAAUGAUUCCAAUAUCUUUAUACAUCACCAUGGAAUUGGUUCGAUUAGGUCAAUCCUAUUUCAUGAUAGAAGACAAACACAUGUAUGACAGCAGCACAAACUCAAGGUUUCAAUGCAGAUCCUUAAAUAUAAAUGAAGAUUUAGGCCAAAUUCGUUAUGUGUUUUCUGAUAAAACUGGAACACUUACUGAAAACAAAAUGGAAUUCAGAAAAGCAUCUGUUUUCGGGAAGCAUUAUCAUAAUCCACCAAUUGUGGAUAAAGAGAAUCCAGAAGCAGACAUGAAAGGAAAGAAGAUAAAAUCUGAUAUCACUGUGGAUCCUGACCUCAUGGGGUUGCUUCAUAAAGGGCUAAAUGGGAAUGAAAGAAUUUCUGCUCAUGAGUUUUUUCUAACACUAGCAGCAUGCAACACUGUGAUUCCAAUUCUUAAUCAAAGUAGCUCACAAGGGUCCUCCAUGGGGACUGAAAUUCAUGAAGAUCUUGAAGCUAUUGAUUAUCAAGGAGAAUCACCUGAUGAACAAGCUCUUGUAGCUGCAGCUUGUGCUUAUGGAUACAUUCUUUUUGAAAGAACAUCUGGUCAUAUUGCAGUUGAUGUCAAUGGUGAGAAAUUAAGGCUGGAUGUAUUAGGGCUGCAUGAGUUUGACAGUGUACGAAAAAGAAUGUCAGUGGUUAUCAGAUUCCCAAACAAUGAAGUAAAGGUAUUGGUAAAAGGGGCAGAUACGUCAAUUCUCAGCAUCUUGAGGGACAAUUCUGGAAACGAUAAUGACUUAAGCAUCAUAACACAACACCAUUUGAACGAGUAUUCAUCAGAAGGUCUUCGGACACUUGUACUUGCUUCUAGGGAUCUUACAAAUCAAGAACUUGAAGAAUGGCAAUCAAUGUAUGAAGAUGCCACCACUUCAUUGGUUGAUAGAUCUUUGAAAUUAAGACAAACUGCAUCACUUGUUGAAUGUAAUUUACAUUUGCUUGGAGCAACUGGAAUUGAAGACAAACUUCAAGAAGGAGUUCCUGAAACUAUCGAGUGUUUACGUGAAGCAGGAAUCAAGGUUUGGGUUUUGACUGGAGAUAAACAAGAAACUGCAAUUUCAAUUGCUCUUUCUUGUAAGCUUUUGACAUCAGAUAUGCAUCAGAUUGUUAUAAAUGGAACUUCAGAGACUGAAUGUAGACAGCUUCUGUCUGAAUCAAUGGCUAGAUAUGGUGUUAAAUGUAGAGAUUUGAAGAAUAAUACUGAAAGUGAUGCUGAAAACAUAGAAGGAGAAUUGGCAUUGAUAAUUGAUGGGAAUAGUUUGGUUUACAUCUUGGAAAGAGAUCUGGAAUCAGAGCUGUUCAAUCUGGCAACAUCUUGUAGAGUUGUUUUGUGUUGUCGAGUUGCACCCUUACAAAAAGCUGGAGUUGUUGAUUUGAUCAAGAGUCGAACUGAUGAUAUGACGCUAGCAAUAGGUGAUGGUGCAAAUGAUGUGUCAAUGAUCCAAAUGGCGGAUGUUGGUGUUGGCAUAUGUGGGCAAGAAGGACGCCAGGCUGUCAUGGCUUCAGAUUUUGCAAUGGGACAAUUUAGAUUCUUAAAAAGACUACUUUUAGUACAUGGUCAUUGGAAUUAUCAACGCAUGGGAUAUUUGGUUCUUUAUAACUUCUACAGAAAUGCUGUUUUUGUCUUCAUGCUUUUUUGGUAUAUAUUAUGUGCAGCUUUUUCAACAACAUCUGCACUUACUGACUGGAGCAGUGUGUUCUACUCUGUAAUUUACACUUCAGUCCCUACAAUUGUGGUUGGAAUUCUAGACAAAGACUUGAGUCAUAAGACACUUCUUCAGUAUCCAAAGUUGUAUGAAUCUGGACACAGACAAGAAAGCUACAACAGUUGUCUUUUUUGGAUGAUGAUGGCUGACACCAUAUGGCAAAGUCUUGCACUUUUUUGUGUUCCAAGAUUUGCAUUUUCACAAACCACAAUUGAUAUUUGGAGUAUGGGUAGUUUGUGGACUGUUUCAGUGGUCAUUUUGGUAAAUAUACAUUUAGCCAUGGACAUUCAAAGAUGGGUGCUUUAUACUCAUAUCUCAAUUUGGGGAUCUGUGGUUAUGACAUAUGCUUGUGUAGUUGUCUUGGAUUCCAUUCCUGUUUUCCCUAAUUACGGGACAAUAUAUGAAUUGGCAAAACAACCUACAUAUUGGCUAUCGAUUUGGCUUAUAAUAGUGGUGGCAUUACUUCCUAGAUUUAUAAUCAAAGCUAUGCAUAGAAUGUUUAGGCCUUCGGAUAUUCAGAUAGCUAGAGAAGCUGAGAUAUUGAGAAAAAGAAGAUUCUUUUAUGGAUCAAGUACGCUUCGAAGAUCUAGUGACUAAAAUUGAUUGGGUUUUAUGUAGUAUGUGGGGCCCAUAUGGUUUUGAAUUCGAGAGAGAUUAAUAAAAAUAGUUGGAAGGUUGAUAGAGCAAGGGUGAUAUUCGGGUUCGAGAAUUGAAAAGGGCAUUUUGGUCAUUUGGUUGAUACAUGUAGUAUUGGAUUUUUGUUUUGGAAAUAGGGACAUGAGGGGUACAGAAUAUGUGUUGGGCAGUGGUGAAGAGAUAGAGAGAGGAGGUGUGUAAGGGUUUUUAUGUAAAGUAGUAGUUUCUUUUAGGUGUAGGGUUGUAACAAAAUGAGACAAUGAUUCUUACUUAGUUAAUGAGGAAAUAUGUAGACAGUGUUUCAUCUAUUGAGAGAGGAAAUAGAGGAGGUAUGUAAUGGUUUCUUUUA